CCAGGGUGGCCUUUCGAAAGCGAGGGAACAGUGCGCGCAGCGCUCCGCCCAGCUCCGUUCCGCUCCGCAGAACCGGCGCGGCCAGGGCGCAGGGAGGGCGGCACUCGGUCCCAGUCUUUGCAAUCCCGCGCGCUCUCUCCGCCGUGGGACCUGGGUCUCCGCGACGCUCCCCUGAGCCCCGAGCGCGCGGCGGGCCGGAGCCGGGUUGGGACUGGCGGUGAGGCAGGGAGUGAGGAACGAGCCGAGUCGCGUGCGCUGGCGCACAGCUCCGGGUUGCCCCAGCCCCAGCCGGGGGCCUGUGGCCCGGGGGAGGAGCUGUGCGUCCGCGACCCGUCGGAGUGCACGGGCCGAGUCUGCGCGACUACCCACGCGUGACAGGUCCCUGGAUGAGAAGGAGCUAACAGCAGCUGAAUUCCAUCUUCUCUGUGUGCUGGGGAGCAGGGCUACACGGCCCAGGUGGCAUCAAUGCCGAAGAACAGCAAAGUGACCCAGCGUGAGCACAGCAGUGAGCAUGUCACUGAGUCAGUGGCCGACCUGCUGGCCCUCGAGGAGCCUGUGGACUAUAAGCAGAGUGUACUGAAUGUGGCUGGCGAGGCAGGCGGCAAGCAGAAGGCGGUGGAGGAGGAGCUGGACACAGAGGACCGGCCGGCCUGGAACAGUAAGCUGCAGUACAUCCUAGCCCAGAUCGGCUUCUCUGUGGGCCUCGGCAACAUCUGGAGGUUCCCCUACCUGUGCCAGAAAAAUGGAGGAGGUGCUUACCUGGUGCCCUACCUGGUGCUGCUGAUUAUCAUUGGGAUCCCCCUCUUCUUCCUGGAGCUGGCUGUGGGUCAGAGGAUCCGUCGCGGCAGCAUCGGUGUGUGGCACUAUGUAUGUCCCCGCCUGGGGGGCAUCGGCUUCUCCAGCUGCAUAGUCUGUCUCUUUGUGGGGCUGUAUUAUAACGUGAUCAUCGGGUGGAGCAUCUUCUAUUUCUUCAAGUCCUUCCAGUACCCGCUGCCCUGGAGUGAAUGUCCUGUCGUCAGGAAUGGGAGCGUGGCAGUGGUGGAGGCAGAGUGUGAAAAGAGCUCAGCCACUACCUACUUCUGGUACCGAGAGGCCUUGGACAUCUCUGACUCCAUCUCGGAGAGUGGGGGCCUCAACUGGAAGAUGACCCUGUGCCUCCUUGUGGCCUGGAGCAUCGUGGGGAUGGCUGUCGUUAAGGGCAUCCAGUCCUCGGGGAAGGUGAUGUAUUUCAGCUCCCUCUUCCCCUACGUGGUGCUGGCCUGCUUCCUGGUCCGGGGGCUGUUGCUGCGAGGGGCAGUUGAUGGCAUCCUACACAUGUUCACUCCAAAGCUGGACAAGAUGCUGGACCCCCAGGUGUGGCGGGAGGCAGCCACCCAGGUCUUCUUUGCCUUGGGCUUGGGCUUUGGUGGUGUAAUUGCCUUCUCCAGCUACAAUAAGCAGGACAACAACUGCCACUUCGAUGCCGCCUUGGUGUCCUUCAUCAACUUCUUCACGUCAGUGUUGGCCACCCUCGUGGUGUUUGCUGUGCUGGGCUUCAAGGCCAACAUCAUGAAUGAGAAGUGUGUGGUCGAGAAUGCUGAGAAAAUCCUAGGGUACCUUAACACCAAUGUCCUGAGCCGGGACCUCAUCCCACCCCACGUCAACUUCUCCCACCUGACCACAAAGGACUACAUGGAGAUGUACAAUGUCAUCAUGACCGUGAAGGAGGACCAGUUCUCAGCCCUGGGCCUUGACCCCUGCCUUCUGGAGGACGAGCUGGACAAGUCCGUGCAGGGCACAGGCCUGGCCUUCAUCGCCUUCACUGAAGCCAUGACGCACUUCCCCGCCUCCCCGUUCUGGUCCGUCAUGUUCUUCCUGAUGCUUAUCAACCUGGGCCUGGGCAGCAUGAUCGGGACCAUGGCGGGCAUCACCACGCCCAUCAUCGACACCUUCAAGGUGCCCAAGGAGAUGUUCACAGUGGGCUGCUGUGUCUUUGCAUUCCUCGCGGGGCUGUUGUUCGUCCAGCGCUCCGGAAACUACUUUGUCACCAUGUUCGACGACUACUCGGCCACCCUGCCACUCACUCUCAUCGUCAUCCUUGAGAACAUCGCUGUGGCCUGGAUUUACGGAACCAAGAAGUUCAUGCAGGAGCUGACGGAGAUGCUGGGCUUCCGCCCCUACCGCUUCUAUUUCUACAUGUGGAAGUUCGUGUCUCCACUAUGCAUGGCUGUGCUCACCACAGCCAGCAUCAUCCAGCUGGGGGUCACGCCCCCAGGCUACAGCGCCUGGAUCAAGGAGGAGGCUGCCGAGCGCUACCUGUAUUUCCCCAACUGGGCCAUGGCGCUCCUGAUCACCCUCAUCGUCGUGGCGACGCUGCCCAUCCCUGUGGUGUUCGUCCUGCGGCACUUCCACCUGCUCUCUGAUGGCUCCAACACCCUCUCCGUGUCCUACAAGAAGGGCCGCAUGAUGAAGGACAUCUCCAACCUGGAGGAGAACGAUGAGACCCGCUUCAUCCUCAGCAAGGUGCCCAGUGAGGCACCUUCCCCCAUGCCCACUCACCGUUCCUAUCUGGGGCCCGGCAGCACAUCGCCCCUGGAGACCAGCGGUAACCCCAAUGGACGCUAUGGGAGCGGCUACCUCCUGGCCAGCACCCCUGAGUCGGAGCUGUGACCACUGCCCCAGCCCUGCCCGCCACUCCCCCCACG